GAAGAGGUCAUACUUCGAAUUCAAGGAAUCCUAUCAGCGAAGGACUUACCGCCGCAGAUAGAGCCAAUCUAUAUCCGUCCUAAUCAGAAUCGGCGAAAGGCUUAUCUACGACAAAGCAUCCGACUCACAGGAUUCUCCAGCCAGACAUUCCAGCGGAACGUGGAUGCAGUACAGUACCUUAGUCGACACGUAUCGCGGUUCUUCAAGGAAGGGAUUGUCAGCGAGUGGCAACCGUCCAACACAGAUGGACACCCUACCUUGGAGAUAUCCAACCGAUAUUUCAGCGCUAGGAAACAUAAUCAGGCUGACAUCGACGUACCUUUUUCUGAUCUUGUAGACCCGGAAGGUAUCCUCCGCAAACUGAGCGACGAUCGAUGGGUGCAUACAGACGACAACGACGUCACUUACUACCGAGUUGUUGAGGAGGAAGGGAAAUUAACGUAUUUGAACGCCGAUCCGGCCAUCUUCAGGCCUGGUGAUAUUGUGGAGGCCGAGACAUCAGUAUUGGUACUACCUCAGAAUGGACAAAGCGGGCGAUUCCGCGUUGCGCUGGUACUAAGGUCUCUCACCUUGAUGGAUGCCCGGUUUUCAGACGUAAGUGCCUGUCGACUCACAAGAUCAGUUAAACUCACAUUUGCCAUAGGCUGUAUAUGUCAAUUCGGGUGGCUCAACAAUCCAGGCGCAAGAGAAACAGCCAGCGUUACCUAA